ACCCAAUUUCUGCAAGAUAGAUUAAAAGGGGCCAAAGGGCCACUACUUUCUCCCAGUGCCUUGUCUCUCUUGCACUUCUCUACCACUUUCAUCGUCAACCCCUCAUUCCGACAAGGGAGAAUUAUCACCUUCUCCUAGUUGAACAAAUUAAACUUUGAACCAGAGUGUCAGCGGAUUCAAGUUUAGAAACAGCUUCAAGUAAGGAAACGGCCAUGGCUGGGAUUUACAUCACGGCCCUACUACUUUUUGGUGCUAUGCUAACUUUCCAGCUGGAGGUCCAUGCCGAAGCAUCAAAUUCUCAGCUUAAACAUGAUUCUAAGAUUCUGCAGGAUUCCAUUGUUGCGAGGAUUAAUAGUAAUUCCACAGCUGGAUGGACAGCUGAAAUGAGUCCUCGGUUUUCAGAUUACACUGUUGGCCAAUUUAAGCAUCUUCUUGGAGUCAAACCAACACCAAAGGGUGUUCUGGAGAGCACUCGGGUUGUAACUCAUCCUAGAGAUCUGAAGUUGCCCGACCAGUUUGAUGCACGAACAGCUUGGCCUCAAUGUGGCACUAUUGGGAGAAUUCUUGAUCAGGGACAUUGUGGUUCUUGUUGGGCAUUUGGUGCGGUUGAAUCACUCUCUGAUCGUUUCUGCAUACAGUUUGGCAUGAAUGUUUCACUUUCUGUUAACGAUGUCCUUGCGUGCUGUGGCUUCUCGUGUGGUGAUGGCUGUUAUGGUGGUAGUCCUUUUGCUGCUUGGGAAUACUUUACAUACUCUGGUGUUGUGACUGAAGAGUGUGACCCUUACUUUGAUAACACUGGAUGUUCUCACCCUGGUUGCGGUGAAUAUCCCACCCCAAAGUGCAUUAAGAAGUGUGUUAAAGAGAACUUGCUGUGGAGUAAGUCAAAGCAUUUUAGCAUCAAUGCCUACAGAAUAAGUUCUGAUCCACAGAGUAUCAUGGCAGAAGUAUAUAAAAAUGGACCAGUUGAGGUCUCAUUCAUUGUUCAUGAGGACUUUGCCCAUUAUCGUUCUGGUGUUUACAAACACACAAUAGGUGGUACAAUUGGUGGCCAUUCUGUAAAGCUGAUUGGAUGGGGUACCAGCGAUGACGGGGAGGAUUACUGGCUAAUUGCAAACGAGUGGAAUAGAAGCUGGGGCGAAGACGGAUACUUCAAGAUCAGACGGGGAACAAAUGAGUGCGGCAUUGAAGCAGAAGUGCUUGCAGGAACACCUUCAUCCAGGAAUCUGGUACCAGAAUACAGUGAUGCAGAUGUCUCCCUUGAUGCUUCUAUCUAACUGCUGCCUGCUUUACUUAAACAGGGCUAGACGCUUGGGCAAAACACGAGAGAAUAAAAACGUAAUUAUAGCAUGUAUUAUUGACUUCAGUUGUUUGCCUCCAUCCAUUUUAAUAUAAUUAAUAACCAUAGUAACUCAGUUGUACUAGAAUGCUACUGUAAUUGGUUCAAACUUUUCAAACUUUGUCUACAUAUCUUCAUCGUUUACUGCUGUAAUUUUGUCAUCCUCGUGUGCAUCUAUCUCAGAUUUCAAGUAUCAAAGUUCUCCUGUUUGAGCAUGAUCUUGCUUGUAA